GGGAGAAUCUUCCGUGAGCUUCCCAUGCGCACGCCAUGGCCCAGCGUUGGCCUUGGCCACAGGAGUUCGUGCGCAACAUGUGCAUCCUAGCGCACGUGGACCAUGGCAAGACCACCUGUGCAGACAACCUGGUCAGCACCAAUGGCCACAUCAGCAAGCACCAGGCGGGCAAGAUCCGCUACAUGGACUCCCGUCAGGACGAGCAGGAGAGGGAGAUCACCAUGAAGUCGAGCUCCAUCGCCCUGCGCUGGGUGAACCCCAAGGAGGACCACUUCUUGGUGAACCUCAUCGACUCCCCGGGGCACGUGGACUUCACCUCGGAGGUGUCCACGGCGGCGCGGCUGGCGGACGGGGCGCUGGUGGUGGUGGACGUGGUGGAGGGCGUGGAGGCCCAGACCCGCACCGUGCUGCGCCAGGCCUACCGCGAUCGGGUCAAGUCCUGCCUGUUUCUGAACAAGGUGGACAGACUUAUCUACGAGCUGAAGCUGUCGCCGAUGGACAUCCAUUUGCGACUUCUGCGCAUCGUGGAACAGAUCAAUGCGGCGAACCAGCAGCUGCUGUCCGAGGAGGCGAUGGCGAGGGACAGCGCCCGCAAGAGCUCCGAAGAGUUGGUGGACGCGGUGGACCUGGCGGAUGAGCUCGACUUCGAGGGCGAGGACCUUUGGCGCUACUCCCCGGAGUUGGGCAACGUGGCCUUCGGUUCUGCCGUGCAUGGCUGGGCCUUCCGCCUGGACACCUUCGCCUCGAUGUGGGCAGAGAAGUUGAAAGUGAAGUCCGAGAACCUUCAGCGGGUCCUUUGGGGCGACUGGACUUACAGGCCCAAGGACAAGAAGGCCGUUCGGAGGACUUCGGAUUCGCAAGCCAACACCAUCUUCGCCAGUCUCGUGAUGAAGCCCAUCUGCGACUUCUACGACUCGAUCUACAUGGACCUCGAUAAGGACCGUUUGACGGGCAUGAAGAAGCAGAUCCAGGCAUGGGAAGACGUGGAUGUCGGGAAGCUGUCAGCAGGCGCCACAGCCACGCGGGAGCUGGCAUCCAGGUGGCUGCCCUUUGCGGACUGCAUCCUGCGCAUGGCCACGGAGCAUCUGCCCAGCCCGCUCAGCGCGGCGGAGCAGCGGCUGCCGGUGCUGUGCCCCAAGUGGUUUGCCCCGAAGCCGAUCUCCCACCCAAUGGUGGAGGGCUUGCAGAAGAGCGAUCCAGCUGCCACGCCGGUGGCCUACUUGGCCAAGUUCCUGGCUGCGGAUUUGGAGAACUUGGUGCUGACAGGCGAUACUCCCAAAGGCGAGCAAGACGUGGACUUCGUUGGCAUUUGCAGGGUGUUCUCCGGCACCUUGCGCCCGGGGGCCGAGCUGUACGUCGAGCCGGGCCAGCGGAAGCUGCGCCUGGAGCGGAUCUUUCUGCUCAUGGGCCGCUACCUUCAGGAGGUGAAAGAGGCGCCGGCGGGCUCCAUCGUGGCCUGCGCACUGUCGGGGGAAAGCUCCGAGCUGAGUGUGGAGAGAUGCCUCACGCUCUGCGAGGAGCCCGAGGGCCCGUGCUUUGAGACGCCCUACAGCAGCCAGGCCUUCGCCAUUGUCCGCGUGAGCAUCGAGCCAGAAGAUGUGGCUCACCUCAAGGCUCUGGAGCGAGGCCUGCGGCUCUUGCACCGCGCGGAUCCUUCUGUGAGUGUGGAGGCCAUGGUCAGUGGGGAGAACGUCUUGGGCUGCUGCGGGGACGUGCACUUGAAGCGGUGCCUCAACGACUUGGAGAAGCUCUACGCGCGCAACAUCAAGCUUUGCAUCACGCCUCCCCUGGUGGCGGUGCGAGAGUCCAUUGCCAAGUCAGUAGACAAGGCCGACCUCAAGGCCGCCUCGUUGUUCCUGCCGAUUUGGAUGUCUCACUUGCACGACGCUUCAACCGAGGCGGGCUCCAUGAUGUCGGUGCCCUCGGACGAUGACACCAUCACCUCCGAGGCGGUACAAGUGGAGCGCUGGAAUAUGUCCCCCGGCGGGGUGAUGACGGUGUGGACGGCCAACCGCAAGGCGUCGGUGCGGAUCAGCGCGAUGGCCCUGCCCCCCACGGUGCUGGAGUGGAUGGACCGCCACGCAGAAGCCCUGGAGAGCGUCAUUCACCGGCAGCAGGCCUCGAUCGAGCUGAUGGGCGCCUCCGACGGCACGCUGCUGGGAUGCCUCUCAGAGGUCGAGGAGCAGUUCAGGCAGCUGCAAGCUGACGUGGACGAGCCCAGCUUCAAGGCGUGCAACGAGAGCAGCAUCAGCCUUUCUGGCAUGAGUGUUGACCGGGGUAGCCGCACGCUGCUGCUGGACGGAAGCGGCACUUGGCAGCUGCGCCACGCCUAUGACAGCGGCUUCGGGACUCGCCGGGACGAGGAAGGAGGUGUGCCACACUGGAUGCGACCACAUCUCCUGGCCGGCUUCUACCAGGCCUCAGCUGCAGGUCCACUCUGCGAGGAGCCCCUGCGGGGCGUGGCCUUCCUGGUGCACAGCGCUAACGGUCAAGGUCCCGCGGGCUACCGAGAAGAGGAGGAGCAUGGCAAUGUGGCCAACCCUUACGGCCCAAUGAGCGGGCAGGUGAUGGUGGCAACCAAGGAUGCCUGCCGCUAUUGCUUGCUGCGGAAGGGCUUCUCCCGCAUUUCUGAGGCCAUGCUUGCCGUGGAUCUACACUGUGAGCAAGAAAUGCUGGGAAAGGUCUAUGCGGUGCUCAGCAAACGCCGGGCCAAGGUCCAGAACGAGGUGCUCAGAGAAGGCACCUCCAUCUUCUACGUGCAGGCGCAUUUGCCUUUGGCCAACUCCUUCGAGCUGGCGCGGCAGCUGCGACAGGCGGCCUCCGGCCACGUGUCCUUCCACAUGGCCUUCAGCCAUUGGGACCUUUGCGAGGAGGAUCCCUUCCAGGCGUGUAGCCCGGAAGACCUGGAGGAGAUGGGCGACCAGCCGCCUCCGCCCAACACCGCCCGCAAGCUGGUGGAUGACAUCCGCAAGCGGAAGGGCCUGCCUACGGACGAGAAGGUGGUGAAAGACGCGACAAAACAGCGGACGGUCACGAGAAUGAAGUGACUGCCAUGUUUUCAAGGUGGGCAGGAAGGCUCCGGCGCUGGCAGACCA